AAUGAAAACACUUGAUUCAAAUGACGCCUGUCAUGCCUGUGGGACGAACAACGACAUCCCCUGAUAUCAUUUAAUGAAUGAAGUUCAGAGAUAUUGCCAAAAGCGACUUUCGACUUUACUUAAAAAGAUAAUUCCACUCUACAUUGUUCACCUGGCAGGUGAUAAAAUGUUAUAAAUACAGGCCACACCUCUCUUUUAUUCAGGAGGAAGUGAGAAUAUUCCCACAUCUUGUGCUCUUAUCGCAUUACUGAAAUAGUGUGUGACACCCUAAUUUUCAAUUCUCCACCUCCUGGUAAGACAUGAUCAAGUCAACUUCCCAAGGGACAGUACUACGGCCUGCAUUGAUUUGCAGCUUUGUGGUGGUGUGCUCCUUUGUUGUCUUUUUUACGUACUACAAACCCAACAUCAACUCACUGUUGUGCACGGACAGAGAAUCAAAUGAGAAAGCUAUCUGUGUCUGCCAAGAUGGGCUAAAUCGAGAGGGGAAUCAGACUGAGGUCCUAUUCCAAACCUCACAACCCCAGAAGACAGGCAAGCAGAACUCCCAAGUAAUCCUCAGAGCUGACAAUCCAGACACUAUUCUCCUGAUCUGGAUGUGGCCAUUUGGACAAUCUUUUGACCUUCAUUCAUGUGCUGAUUUCAAUGUUCAAAGUUGUCGCUUGACAGACGACAAGAGCCUUUUUAAUAUUGCACAUGGAGUCCUCUUUCAUCACCGGGACAUCCAUGAAGAUCUAGGCAACAUGCCACAAAACCCACUUCCCUGGUUCCAGAAAUGGGUGUGGUUCAAUGCUGAAUCACCUGCCAACUCUAAAAGAUGGCCCAAGUUCGAUAACCUGUUUAAUAUGACCUCAAAUUAUCGACAGGAUUCCUCUGUACCUGUUCCUUGUGGAUCCUUAGUUGAGGUAACAGCUGUGGACAAACACUUUGAGCUGCCAACGAAGACUAAAUUGGUGUGCUGGAUUGUGAGCAACUGGCACCCAUCCUUCAGAAGAGUUCAGGUCUACAAGGGGCUGAGUAACCAUGUCAAAGUAGAGGCCUAUGGACGACACUUUGGUACAUACGUAAACAACGAAGACUAUACAAAAAACAUUUCUAGAUGCAAAUUUUACCUGUCCUUUGAAAAUUCAGUCUUCAAAGACUACAUCACUGAGAAGUUGUACAAUGCCAUGAGUUUGGGAGCUGUCCCAGUAGUUUUGGGCCCAUCCAGGCAAAACUAUGAGGAAUUCAUUCCAGCAGACUCUUUUCUUCAUGUGGAUGACUUCCCCAAUCAAAAGGAACUGGCAGAUCGGCUGCUUUUCCUUGACAAGAAUGAUGAAGAGUACAUGAAGUACCACAGCUGGAGGAAAAACUAUAAAGUUAAGGGAUGCUAUUUUGGACUUGAACAUGCAUGUCGAUCAUGUGACUACAUUAGACAGGAGAAAAGAUACAAAGCUAUUAACAAUCUAAAUCAAUGGUAUUGGGGCUGACCAGGCUGUUUGUAGUAAUCUUUGCGCCUGUGGAAAGUACCUACGUGAACAUGCUAUUUUAUUCAAUUACAUUCCACCACUUUUUCACCUGUAAUAAUAACAACGGAAAGUGUGGUUCAAUGUUCAAUGUAUGGACUGACUACUGCAUUCAAGCCAUUGAUUCGGCCAGCAAUUGUCUCUCACGCCAAUUGUCGCUUUUUUCCAUAGAACACCAUAAACACGUGUUAACACUUCUAACUGAAGUGGGGUGAAGUAGGAGGAUGUUUUUAGUCGCCGGGUGCCAUGGUGGAUCCUAUUAUCGGAAUUC